AUGUCCUCCUCCACACCAACAGCGUCGAGCUCGACCUCCGCUUCAACAUCCAAAGUCAAGCUCGCCUCUUCCUCCCUCUUGGCUCUCAAAGCCGAGAUCACGUACGUUCCCUUCUCCCCACUCCGUCCUCCUCGCUCGUCCCCCUUCCUCUCCACUAAUCCACCUCCUCUCCCACUCUUACCACCCAACAACCAGCCGCAAAACGGCGACAACUCUCAGCUCCUCCUCCUCUUCUUCCUCCUACACGCGCGGACUCCCCUCCUCCACCGCCGGUCCCAAACCGAUCUCGCCCUGGCACCGUUCGAACGCCGGCCUCGCAGCUCGUCAAGCCAAGGACCAGAUCGUCUCUGAAACCGACCUCGACCAAACGGGGAGGAUCAAUACCGUUCGAUCAAACUUGGAACAAAAGGCGAGCUUGUACGAGCGGAUAAAGUGCGUUCAAAAAAAAAAAAAAAAAAAAGAGUACAAGGCUUUUAUUCAAGUGGUCGGGCCGGACUGAUUAGGUUCCUUUCAAGCGAGCGUUGGCAAACAGAAAAGGUAAAGACUUGGGAGUCGAUAACCACAAACUCUCACAGUUGUUGGUCGAUUUCGAGGCCAAGGAAGAACAGACCGAUUCGGAAGGGGAGCCAGACUCGUCCGAAGAGCAAGAAGAUUCUGAUCAGGCUCAAGUUGGAGAGGAUCCACGAGUAGGUUCUUCACAUCCCAGCUCUCGGGCUGCAUGGUCCACUGACUCAUCAUUGCUUCACCCCGCUCCCAGAACCCGAUGGUCGAAUACCUAGACGAAUUCGGCCGCUCUCAUCGCGUACCUCGAUCGGACGUGCCCGCCGGAACAGCCCUCCCUUCGAACGUCCCUUCCCAAGUCUCUCCCGCCGACAAGGUCUACUACGGUGACCAACGACAUUUCCCCGUUUACGAACCCGACCCUGAGAAAUUGGCCGCCAUAGCGAGGGAGAAUCAACGAUCGCGCGGCGCUUUGGUCGAUCGGUAUGACGCGACCAAGGAGAAACGUACGAGGGGAGCUGGCUUUAUCGCGUUGGGCAUGGACGACAGCACGAGGAGGGAGAGGAUGGAGAGUUUGAAAGAGAUCAGGAGGGAGGGCGUGCAAGCGAGGGAGGCGUUGGAGAGCGUGGGAGGGGUCCAGGGGAAGCGGGAGGCCGAUAAGGAGGAGAGGAAGAGGAUGUUGAGGCACAAGAGGGACGAGGUGCAAGCCAAGAGGAACAAGCUCACCGAGGGAUGA